AUGUAUUUAGAUUCUACAGGUGUUUAUAACACUACUUUAGAUAUAUUUUCUGAUUUAGGUAUAACCAUUACGUCUCAUUCAAUCACACGAUAUAAGACCGAUGCAUCUAAAGAACAUUAUGGGCUUGUUGAUACUACAUUUACUCAAUAUAUAGAAAAUGCAAUAGUAUUAAAUAUCGAUGACUAUCAUAAUAUUCAUACGGAACAGGUACCAAACACCACUACGACCUCUGAUGCUGCACAUCUUGCAACAAUUUUAAUGAAUCCAAUUACUACACAAAGAGCUAUCCCACAACUAAAUAUACACAAUUUCAAAUUGGUUGAUACCGAAUCUAUUAAAAUAAAUUUAGAAAAUAGAUUUAUGGAGUUAUAUAGUCUUUCACAUAAUCAAUGCUAG